AUGUGUGAGUGCAUCUCCAUCCAUGUUGGCCACGCUGGUGUUCAGAUAGGCAAUGCCUGCUGGGAGCUCUACUGCCUGGAACAUGGCAUUCAGCCUGAUGGCCAGAUGCCAAGUGACAAGACUAUUGGGGAAGGAGAGGACUCCGUCAACACCUUCUUCAGUGAGACAGACGCUGGCAAGCAUGUGCCCAGGGCAGUGUUUGUAGACCUGGAAUCCCCACUCAUUGAUGAGGUUUGCACUGGCACCUACUGCCAGCUCUUCCACCCUGAGCAGCUCAUCACAGGCAAAGAGGAUGCUGCCAAUAACUAUGCCCGAGGUCAGAUUGUGUCCUCCAUCACUGCUUCCCUGAGGUCUGAUGGAGCCCUGAAUGCAGAUCUGACAGAGUUCCAGACCAACCUGGUGCCCUAUCCCUGCAUCCACUUCCCUCUGGCCGCAUACGCCCCUAUCAUCUCUGCUGAGAAAGCCCACCAUGAACAGCUUUCUGUGGCAGAGAUCCCCAAUGCUUGCUUUGAGCCAGCCAACCAGAUGGUGAAAUGUGACCCUCGCCAUGGUAAGUGCACAGCCUGCUGCCUGUUGUACCCUGGCGAUGUGGUUCCCAAAGAUGUCAGUGCUGCCAUUGCCACCACCAAGACCAAGCGCAGCAUCCAGUUGGUGGACUGGUGCCCCACUGGCUUCAGGUUGGCAGUAAUUACCAGCCUCCCACUGUGGUACCUGGUGGAGACCUGGCCAAAGUACAGCGAGCUGCGUGCAUCCUGA